AGGUCGGAAAACGAGCUCUUGAGGAGGCCCAGAACUUCUUCGAGACGGAAGCGGCCAAACUCCGCAUCGAUACAUCGCCCUGCCGGCUCCAGAGGCUGGAGAAGAUGUUGGGCUGCGAGUCGCAGCUGGAUAGCGUCAAGAGUUUAGAGGAGAAGCUGCAACAUCCUGGCAGCAGAGCUUCGGCCUUGCUUCGCUUCAGGCUUCUCACCGAUCAGGGCAUGGAAUUCCAGUUUUUUGCCUCCAUAUCCUUUCACUCCAAAAGCGGACAGAUCAAGGACCUGGACGGAGUGGUGGAGGAGGUCUUCAAGCUGCUGCCCAGAUCUCCCUAUGGCCCCAAUGAGAAGUGUACACCGAUGAAACUGGACCCUGGCUUUUGUGCUUGCGCGGACCAGGCGGAGCUUCGCAACCACUGAACGUUGCACUCGGUCGGUUUUCUGCGGUCAAAAGGUCAAAAGGUCACCGGGGGAACUGAGGUCGGAGAAAGGUAGGCUAG